GUUAAAUCUCCUCCUCCUGAUUGGCCAGCAGCGGGGCUCGGCUAUUGGCUGACUGCACGCACUGACAAUUUGAAAAUCGGUGCGGGCGUUCGCAGGCUGAGGAGGAGCAGCUGUGCGGAGAGGAAGACUUGGACAAAGAUUGUUUAAAAACAGAGUAAAUAGCAGCCAUGUUAUCCGGGGAGGACGAGGCCCAGCUGCAGUGCUGUGUGACGGUGGAGCAGCUGAACUCCUCCGGACAGGCCACCCGGAGGCAGAUCAUCCGUAAAGCCGCUGUCAUCCUGGGCCGGAACGAGUUCCAGGAGAUCAUCCUCCGGGUCCACGAUGGAAGAGUCCCGCAGAGUUACUGCCUGAAAGAGUUCAAGCUCUUCACCAAAUUCGCCAGAGAGGGGAAGUGCACCGUCAAGCUGCUCCCUGAGAACAUCCAGGUGCUCAUGUCCAACUGUCCCCCUGACCGGCUGAGCCUCUUCCUCAAAACCCUGAGCAUCAAGCACCAGGCCUGGCAGAGCAGCAAGCCUCUGAGCCAGCGAGAGAAGCUCAAAGCUGGUCUGCCCCGCAGCUUCGAGGCCAUCAGCCCCCUGCAGCAGAAGGAUAUCCAGAAGGUCAAUGAGCUGAGAAGUAAACAGGCUCCCAAAGUGCUGACAGACCGCACCAACAAGGCCGUGGCAGGGACAGGACAGCAGGUCAAAAGGUCGAGGUGUGAGAGUAACUUCAGUCCAGUGAAGGCCAACCCCAGCAAGAAACCCAUCCUGUCUCUGCCCUCCAGGAAGCUGAAUAAAGAGCAGGCGGCUGUCCUCAGUGCUGUGCUGAGUGGCAAGAACGUCUUCUUCACAGGAAGUGCAGGUACAGGAAAGUCCUUCCUGCUGAAGAGAAUCAUGGGAUCUCUUCCUCCGAAGAGCACUUUUGCCACAGCCAGCACAGGGGUGGCUGCAUGUCACAUUGGGGGAACGACGUUGCACAGCUUUGCUGGCGUUGGCUCCGGCUCGGCCCCACUGGAGCAGUGCAUCGAGCUGGCCCAGAGGCCCGGGGUGCUGCAGCACUGGACGAGCUGUCGACACCUCAUCAUCGACGAGGUCUCCAUGGUGGAGGCGCAGUUCUUUGACAAGCUCGAGUCGGUGGCCAGGUCGGUGAGGAGGUCCACCGAGCCGUUUGGAGGCAUCCAGCUGAUCGUCUGUGGUGACUUCCUGCAACUGCCUCCUGUCUCGAAGGGAAAAGAGAAGGCCAGCUUCUGCUUCCAGGCCAGGAGUUGGCGUAAAGUCAUCCAGCUCAACAUGGAGCUGACAGAAGUGCGCAGGCAAACAGACCAGUCCUUCAUCUCCCUGCUGCAGGCAGUGAGGGUGGGCAGGGUGACAGAGGAAGUCACUGCUAAGCUGAUGGAGAGCGCCUACCACCACAUCGAGAGAGACGGCAUUCUCGCGACCAGGCUGUGCACGCACAAAGACGACGUGGAGCUCACAAACGAGAACAAACUGCAGCAGCUGCCAGGGUCGGUGCGUGUGUUCGAGGCACUGGACAGUGAUCCAGCUCUGGUCAAGACCAUGGACGCUCACAGCCCUGUGAGCAGACUGAUCCAGCUCAAAGUAGGAGCUCAGGUCAUGCUGACGAAGAACCUGGACGUGACUCGGGGUCUGGUGAAUGGAGCGCGAGGGGUGGUCGUGGCUUUUGAAUCUGGUAAACAUGGACUCCCGCGUGUGCGUUUCCUGUGUGGCGUCACAGAGCUGCUGAAGCCCGAGCGCUGGGUGUUCAAGUCUGGCGGCGGCGUCCACCUGAGUCGACAGCAGCUGCCGCUCAAACUGGCCUGGGCCAUCUCCAUCCACAAGAGCCAGGGAAUGACACUGGACUGUGUGGAAAUCUCUCUGGCGCGCGUGUUUGAGAGCGGCCAGGCUUACGUGGCCUUGUCUCGUGCUCGGAGCCUGGAGGGUCUGAGGGUCAUGGACUUCGACCCCCGCGUGGUCCGUGCAGAUCCAGAUGUUCUCGUCUUCUAUAAGAAACUGAGGAAGGAGAGGCUGCUCAUGCAGGCCUCCAUGGAUGAUUUUGUUGGCAACAGCAACAAAGAAAACCGUUGGUGAAUUCCUCUCCAGCAACAUUAUGCACUGUGUGCAUGAGUCAUCUGUGAUAUCCUAAUUUAUAUCUCUUUGGACACUUUUGAAUGACUGCGACUACAGACAUUUACAAUCACAGUCUACCUCACAGCUCUUGCUACAACUGGCAGUCCUCAGUGUCACACUGCCACCUACUGAUCAUGACUGUAGCUUUCUUUUUUAAGCUUCAUUUUAUGCCAUUGUUUUUAAUUUAUUAUGAUUGUUCACAUGUAUUCAAAUAAACUUUUAGACCUCUUA